CGGAAAUGAGCCAUACCUGUGCUGUGUAACGCAGUCCACUGACUGACAGGGAUCAUGGAGACCCAGGACAGCAUCGAUAUUGCAAAGUUGCAACGCGUCGCGUUGGGCUUAGAAUCUGCACCUUCACAGUUCGACCGAAAUGGUCUGGGAACUGUUGGAAAACCCGACCGUGCCCCAGAAGCCAGGCCAAAGUCACCGUUGCCGUCUGCUACCCAGGAAAACACUCGAAAGUCCCCGUCACAGCCAUCUCCUUCACCUAGACCACACAAUGCCACGAGUGCGAUGAACACAAACUUAUCCGAAACAAAAUCUACAACCCCUUUGACUGCACCAGCCCCGCCUGCGGAGAAAAUGGCCUCGGAUACCGUCCCUUCGGACACGCAGGUCGUCUCCCAGUCCGUUUACGACGAAAUAAUCAGGAAGAACCAGCAGGCUGCCGACAAUGCCCAGGAGAGCAAUUUGGGGGAUCAGGCUACUCUCAUGACCCUUCACGAAGGCGAUAGUGGCCAUCUUGAUUUGCUGUCUGGGUACGAUCAUAUCCCCGAAGCUGUGAACGUUGAGGAACCUGAGGAUCAGAGUAGCAAGCUGGGAGAAUCUUCGCCCAUGCUGUAUCAGUCAAAUCCAUUCCCCAAGUCCCAGCGAUUUCUGGCAAAAACUCCUAUAGCAGCAAUGAAGCGUGUCCGUUCAGAUGGCCUUACCACUGGAUCUCCCUCUGGUUCACGGAAUCCCCUUACGGCGGAUGGACCAAGUAGUGGGAUUAUGGCGCUGAGCCAGGUAUUUAGGUCUACUCAGGCACCAUCGUCGCCCCUGGUGAACGGCCCACAAUCUGACCCUAUGUCUGACCGUCCUUCCCCCAAUAUCCCUAUACAACGUCAUCCGCUUGCUACAACGCUCUCCUCGCCAUACAACAACCUAGCCGCAACUUUUCCACGUGACUCGGACGCGCAGCGAUUGAACUACAUCAGCAUGGAGGAAUCGCAAGCCAACCGGGAAAGGAUUUUGCACGAAAGGAUGACACGUUCUGCGGAUCAUGUCUACUCCGAUCAAAGUGAUGGAGAAUUUGAUAAGGAAUCUAGCUUCGUUGAGCGUAUGAGGCGUCGGAAGAUGGUGAAUGACGAGGCUGAUGCGCAGCUUGUUGGACUUACAGCACCUGCGAGACCGCGUAACCGGCAGGAAAGACAGGCUAAGGCGCCAGAACCCUUGUCUGAGGCGGCGACAGGGCCACAUUGGACCGAUGGAUCUAAUGAGCAAGUCGAGUCUGGAUCUGAGCCUCCGCAUGCAGCUCUUAGCGAGGAAGAGACGGAACGAGAGCAAGAGGAUUUAGAUCAGCCUACUCCCCGAGCUCGGCCCUCUGCCUCGACCGAGGAAGAUAAAGAGAACUACGAAGAACCCCCCACAACAACUGCUGCUGCUGCCAGUGCACAUGACCGUCUAUCCCAAGCUCUUGCUUUGCAUGAGAGUCCAUGUCCUGGCGAGGUGGUAAGAGGGCGAAGAGAGUCGCUUCCGCAUGCUUGCAGUACUGUACAGGACGAGCGUCUGCAUGGGCAUUCGUCACAAAUAUCGGUUGUAAAAGACUCUCAGCGCUCCCCUGGUCGGAAAGACCCUAGCAAUGAAGCAGAGCAGUGGAGGGCACGCCAUUCUGGCUCACAGGGACAGGUGGAGCCUUUGUCUGAUGCAGAAACAAUCACUUCAUCCUCCGCCAAACAAGUCCGUAUAUGUUCCUCUCCUCCUUCGGGAUCCCAACGCAGCAAACGGUCGCUCAAGCUUGAUACUCAAGCCACAAGCCGACCCGGAUCCGAUUCGGACAAUCCAUCGCGCUCUCCAACUCCGCGACUCCCCUCGGCUCAUGCUGUCCAAAGGCCCACCAGCACCGGCGACAAACCUAUGUUUGAUCACCCAGAGAAGUCAUCGUCUAUGCCCUCACGUGUCGCCGAAACUCCCGUUGCUCCGAGAACCUUUGCUGAAGUCAUCCCAAACACGAGCAUCCCGGAAACCAGUCCCACCGGUCCUGGUCAACAAGGAUGGCCGAUUGGCGAUAGCACCAAUGAUGCGGCCUAUCAAGAGGAUGACGAUUUACCACCUGUCUAUAUGGACCCGCAUGAACGAGGGCGGCGUUCGCAGCCGAUGGUUUCAGAUAGUUCAUCGCCGAUUAAACCCUCAUUCCACAAUUCGAAGAUUCUGUCCAGCCCGAGUGGCAGACAGCGCAGAGCGUUAACAGAAAUCGCCGCGGAUGCAUCACCUCAGAUGGGAACCGGUCACUUCAAUCUUGACAUUAGUAUUCUGUCCGCCGAUGAUCGCGAGUUUCGGUCUGCGGUUGCAAUGUCUCCUGUUCCACCAAGAAAGAAGCGCCGCGGCAAUGAUGGUCAAAGUGUUUACGCUUCUGACCCUGUACUUCCAGUCACGCCUCGCGCAACCACUGUUGCGCCUCGUGAUGCGGAUAUGACAACUAUACCUGAGAUGGAGCCGGCCGAGUUGACCAAACCCGUGUCCACUUUCCAGAGACGGUCAAGGCCUCCUAGAAGAGCAGAAAGCGUGUGGGACAUGGAUGACACCCCUCACUAUCAUGGUUCGCGCAAAGGAAGAUCUAGGCUUUUGGCUCGCCCCCGCCCAGUGGGACGACUGUCGGCUGAAGCUGAACGCGAACCGAGCCCAGAACAGCCUGUUCACGAGGACCCACCGGCCAGUUCUGUUCCUGAAGAGCCGCCCAGCGAUCUUGUACCAGACUCGACAGAGGCAGUUGACAAUGAGCCAGUUUCGGAGAAUCUGCCUCCAGUCCAGCUUCCCCAGCCUUCAGUCAGUAAUGAUGUCCCUAUAGCCGUCAAUCAAGUCCUAGCCCCGUGGAAUGGACCAAAACGGGCUUAUUACCCUGCCACGUGCUUUGGCAAGCCCUUUGGAAAAUCGCAGUCGCGGUAUCUGGUCAAAUUUGAAGACAGCGCCCCUGUUGAGAUUCCCAUUGGCACGGUGAAACGACUCGAGUUACGGGUCGGUGAUGGUGUGAAGGUGAACAUGGAAAACGUCCCCAAGGUGACUCAUAUUGUUUCAGGGUUCGCCAACAAGCUUGAUUUGAGCGACAUCGAACAGGGAGCAGCCAAUGGAUUGAUUCCAAUGACCGAUGUGUAUGGGUAUUCCGCCGUGAUCCUGACCCCGAAACAGCGCAAGAGCCUUCCAGGUGCCGGGCUUGCAGUUACCGAGAACCGAAUUACCGUUCCGAUCUCGCGGAUAUACUUGGACACGAUUCUCUGGAAUCAGUUGAAAGACCGGGCAUUCAGCUACGAUUCCGAGCCUGUUGCCGAGAGUGGACUGCAGACGCCUGACAGACAUUCCACGCCGAUAUCCCCUGGCGCUCGACUCUCGCGCAGUAUCCGCUUUUCCACCGGCCUGUUUGCGGGCAUGGUAUUCGCCGUGUCAUAUGGAGAGAACAACGAUGCCAAGUCGCAUGUCACAAAACUGAUUCUGGAGAACGACGGCCGGGUUCUAGACGGCGGCUUCAAUGAAUUGUUCGAGCUGCCUCCUACUGCACCAUCGACUACACCCACCAAAUCCCGCGCCAGCUCUGAAAGUGGCCAGCUUCGGCUCACGGGCGGCGCCGCAGACGUGGGAUUUGCCUGUUUAAUUGCCGACAAGCACUCGCGUCGGUCAAAGUACAUGCAAGCCCUGGCGCUCAAUAUCCCCUGCCUUUCCGACCGCUGGAUCGAGGACUGCGUUGCCAGAAGACAGAUUCUCGACUGGGAGAUGUACUUGCUGCCCGCCGGGGAGUCAACCUACCUCAACGGAGCGACCAAGUCUCGGAUCCUAGCCCCGUACCCGGCCACGGAGGCUCGACUGUCGGAGACUAUUGCUGGACGCCCGAAUCUCCUCCAGGGACAGUCCAUGCUUCUAGUCACAGGACGCAGCGGGAGAGCCGACGAGGAGAGACGGAAAGCCUAUCUGUUCCUGACGUAUGCCUUGGGGGCUUCACGGAUUGAACGGGUGCCUGAUCUCAAGACGGCGCGUGCGAUGCUGAGCACGGGAGAAGGCAACUGGGACUGGAUUUAUGUUGACGAUGAUGAUCGAGCAUUGGUGAAAGCCAUGUCACUGAACUCGAGAAAACGGAAGCGAUCACGAUUGACGGAGUCGAUUAGCAGCGAUGAAUUGGGAAUGGACAAUGUCAAGACUGUGGGCAAUGAGUUUGUGUGUCAAAGUUUGAUAUUGGGACGAUUGUUUCCGGGAGAUCUAUGAUAAUGAUAGGUUGGAUGUGUUUGAUUCGGACUAGUAAUAUACCCUACCUUUGACUACAAUUGGACUGCAAUUUGACUACAAGUUUAC